ACAAAGCAAGCAAUUAAGCUGGCAUGGGCGGCGGCGGCGGGGAGCAGCAGCAGCUUGAGGUGCUCCACGCCCUGGACGUGGCCAAGACGCAAUGGUACCAUUUCACGGCCAUCGUGGUGGCCGGAAUGGGGUUCUUCACCGACGCCUAUGACCUCUUCUGCAUCUCCCUCGUCACCAAGCUGCUGGGCCGCAUCUACUACCGCGUCGACGGGUCCCCGUCCCCCGGCACGCUCCCCCCGCACGUCUCCGCCUCCGUCAACGGCGUGGCCUUCGUGGGCACGCUCUCAGGGCAACUCUUCUUUGGCUGGCUGGGCGACAAGCUCGGCCGUAAGCGCGUCUAUGGCAUCACCCUCAUGCUCAUGGUGCUCUGCUCCCUCGCCUCCGCGCUCUCCUUUGGCCACACCCCGACCUCCGUCAUGGCCACCCUCUGCUUCUUCCGCUUCUGGCUCGGCUUCGGCAUCGGCGGCGACUACCCGCUCUCCGCCACCAUCAUGUCCGAGUACGCCAACAAGAAGACGCGUGGCGCCUUCAUCGCCGCCGUCUUCGCGAUGCAGGGCUUCGGCAUCAUCACCGGCGGCCUCGUCGCCAUCCUCGUCUCCGCCUCCUUCAGGGCCGCCUUCCCGGCGCCUCCCUACGGCGAGGACCCCGUGGCCUCCACGCCGCCGCAGGCCGACUUCGUGUGGAGGAUCAUACUCAUGCUGGGCGCGCUGCCGGCGGCGCUCACCUACUACUGGCGCACCAAGAUGCCCGAGACGGCGCGCUACACGGCGCUCGUGGCCAACAACGCCAAGCAGGCCGCGGCCGACAUGUCCAAGGUGCUGCAGGUGGUGGAGAUGCGUAAUAUUGGUAAUAAUGGUGGCAGCAGGAGGCCGUUCGGGCUGUUCUCCGGCGAGUUUGUCCGGCGGCACGGGCUGCACCUGGUGGGCACGUCGGCGACGUGGUUGCUGCUGGACAUUGCGUUCUACAGCCAGAACCUGUUCCAGAAGGACAUAUUCAGCGCGGUGGGGUGGAUCCCCAAGGCGGCGACGAUGAGCGCGCUGGAGGAGCUGUUCCGCAUCGCGCGGGCGCAGACGCUGAUCGCGCUGUGCGGGACGGUGCCCGGCUACUGGUUCACCGUCGCGCUCAUCGACGUGGUGGGCCGUUUCAAGAUCCAGGCCGUUGGCUUCUUCAUGAUGACCCUCUUCAUGCUCACCCUCGCCCUGCCGUACCACCACUGGACGGCGCCGGGGAAGAACCACGUCGGCUUCCUGCUGCUCUACGGCCUCACCUUCUUCUUCGCCAACUUCGGCCCCAACUCCACCACCUUCAUCGUGCCGGCGGAGAUUUUCCCGGCGCGGCUGCGGGCCACGUGCCACGGCAUCUCGGCGGCGUCGGGGAAGCUGGGCGCCAUCGUCGGAUCCUUCGGGUUCCUGUACCUGGCGCAGAGCCCCGACCGGAGCAAGACGGAGCACGGGUACCCUCCGGGCAUCGGCGUCCGCAACUCGCUCUUCCUGCUCGCCGCCUGCAACCUGCUGGGCCUGCUCUUCACCUUCCUCGUGCCGGAGUCCAAGGGGAAGUCGCUGGAGGAGAUGUCCGGCGACGCCGAGGCCCAGGAGGAGGCGCCGCCGCCCCUGCAAACUGUACUGUAGCGCUGUCGCCGUCUGCAUAUCUAUCUAUAUAUACAUGCAGAUAUAUAGCCACCAUAUAAUAUAACUGAUCGAUCGAGACCAGAGAAGAUCGAUCGAAGAAACCGCCAGUUGAUAUAUAACUGGCCUGGCUAUCCACUAUAUAUAUAUAUAUAUAUAUAUAUAUAUUUUGUCGUUGUCGUCGGCGACACCAUGUACCUUUUCUUCUCCUUAA